CUUCAGUUCUAUCUAAUUAAUGACUGCAGUAUAUCGAGAGCUCGUAUCUGACGAACACGUAUUUUUCCUCGGAAUUACAAUAAAUUGGUUAUUAAAUGGAAUUGGUCUAAAGAUUUGUCGAUAAAGCAAAUUACAGUUCUAUGUAGCUACAUUGAGAAAGCGUCAAGAAUAGCAACAACACAGAAGACUAGCAGAGUGAAUUUUAAAAGAGCACCGAUUAAGAAAUUCAAUAAUGUCUUCAUUAAAUUUGUGCUACACGAGAAACAUGAUCCUCAAUCGACUUACGAUGAAACAAAGGCUGUUUUACGAGAAGAAUGGCUAUCUAGUAUUUCCUCGCCUCAUACCACAAGAUGUGCUCGACAGAUGCAAUAAAAGAUUGAACGAAGUCAUCGAAGACAAACAUCAGCGAGAUGUAAUGAUAAUGAUGUACGAUGUGAAGGACAGGAAAUCCCUAACUAAAAUACAAGAUAUGCAUAUGGAUCCGGUAUUCCGUCAAUAUACCGAACACAAGGAAAUUCUUGACAUAAUCGAGUGUUUUACAGGACCAAACAUCAUGGCGAUACACAGUAUGCUCAUCGUGAAGCCACCCGAUAGAGGAUUUGGAAGUUCAAGACACCCGCCGCAUCAAGAUUUGUAUUAUUUCCCGUUACGACCAGCCAAUCAUAUAGUAGCUGCAUGGACAGCCAUGGAACCUUGUGAUAGUGAAAACGGAUGUCUCUAUGUAGCACCUGGAUCACAUCUUUUAGGGGAGAUGUAUCCACACGGUUAUCCUCCGGAGUCGGAAGGAGUGAUGAACAAGUUUUAUCAUGGCAUACAACAAUUACCUUCGAUGCUCAACCCGUGGGUGAAUCUUGAGAUGCAACCCGGCGACACGGUAUUCUUUCAUCCAUUGCUCAUUCACGGAUCUAGCAUUAAUAAAUCUGAGAGAACGAGAAAAGCGAUUUCCUGUCAUUAUGCAUCAGCAGAUUGUAGUAUUGUCGAUGAUGAUCCAAUUCAGGAAACCAUCAGAAGCGAGAUUUUAGAGCUAUUGAAGAAAAAGAAUCCCAAUAUGGAUAUAAAAUACUCAGACGUAUGGCGUUUUAAAUCCGUUCUUGUGCGCGGUCUUCGUUCCUCUUUGUAAAACGUUUAACUAUAUUAUAUUAAUUCAGAGACAUUUGUUUUCUACAAAGGUGAUCCUACAUGGUCAGUAAUACAUAUCAGUGUAAUGCUGCCAGUAUGCAUCAAUAUUUUUGAUAUUUUUAUAAUUUUAUAUGAUCAGCAUUAUUGAUAAUAUAUUUCACUUUAA